AUGAGUGUUGACUUGUUAUUCCGUGCCAUCAAACGGAAUGACAUAGAACUGGCUCAAGAGAUACUCAAGCAAGGUAUCAAAGUAAAUACACUUAGUCUUGAUGGUUCAGCAUUGUACUAUUCGAUUAAAUGUUACAAUUUUCAAAUUUCGAAAUUACUCGUAGAAAAUAAUGCUGAUUGUAAUAUUGUUCAACUCGAUUUUGAUUGCAAUGGAAAACAUCCAAAUGAUGGUUUACAACAUUCGUGUUUUAUUUCUACUCCAAUUGAUCUUCUAUGUCUGAAUAAUGAAGUUAAUAAUGAUCAAUUUCUGGCAUAUUUGUUAGAACAACGACCAAUGAUAAAUGAAGACAUGAUUAACAAUCGUAUUCUUUACUGUGCACAACUUUACGAUGAUAAAAAUGCAGAAACAUUGUUUGAUUAUGUUGCAAGUUAUUUUUUAAGAAUAAAUAUGUAUGAUCAUGUUUCGUUUAUUGGAAAUAAUGCAUCCCUGACACUUGCAGCUGCUACUUUAAACAUUAAUACAGCUAUGCAAAAUUCAACAAUGCUAACAGAUGGCGGAACUCAUGAAGCGUUUUUUACACUGAUAAUACGUAGUUUAUUUGAAGAAUUAGUUCGUUUCAAAUUACGGAAAGGUUCUCAGAUCACCUCCGAAUCACAAUAUACACAUAUUUUACGUGAACUUCUUCGCAGCUUGGAAGCAUAUCAUUUACUUCUAAAUAUUCAUCGUAUUUCUCACGAACAAAUUCAAUCUUUGUAUCCAGCGAUAGUCAAUAAUAUCAUCAUUAAAUUAAAGAAUAUGAAAUGUAAAGAAGAAUAUACUUUACCUGUGAAAUGGAAUGAACAUGCUAUAUGUAUUAAUUUCAUACGUGAAACUGACAGUAUUGUUAUUCGAAUUGAUAAUCUUAAUGUCGGAGAAAAACGCGAACACAAGGUCUGGACAACUGAUGACCAAUUUCUAGUGUUAAUUCCGAAAAUAAUCGGAGAAAUACCAUUGAAGAAACUCGACGAUAACAGAGAAUAUUUCCUAUCAUUAAUACGUAGUAUGAAAACGAGAGUGAAUCGAUCAAAUGGAAUGAAAAUAUUCUAUCAUAAUGAUAAUUUGAAAUAUUUAGAUACAAGUCGAAUAGCGAUGUUCACUAAGCAAUUAAUGGAACAAUCGAGAAAUCUGAAAUGUUUUAUACAACAAGCAGAAAGUAAUUGUUUUAUCAAAUCUCAUGAGCCUGGUUUUGCCAUACGUUCCAAUGAUUAUAAUAUAUAUCAGCAAAUCAUUACCAUCUUACGAGUGUACACAAUGAAACUAACGACAAAAGAUAUUUUGAGCGAACGAAAUCAACUCGAGCAAACAUUGAUUAAAUAUUGGCAAAAAGAAGCAACUAUAGAUUAUAGGAAAAUUCAGCAAUUACUCAUAUGUUUAGAAAAUUCACAACAAAAUGAUCUUCUCACUUGUGCUCAAAUAUCUGAUGAUGAUCUUCAACUUCACGAAGAGAUUGGUUCUGGAGGUUUUGGCAUAGUCUAUCGAGCUACAUGGAUAAGUCGACACUUUAUAGUAGCUGUUAAAAAGUUAUGCUUAAAUCAUUUGAAUGAGAGAGCUGAGAAAGAUUUCAUCAGAGAACUCGCGAUGAUGAAUCGUAUUCGUUGUCCAUACAUUGUCGGUUUUCUAGGUGCAUGUAUAGACAAAGGGAAAUAUGCAUUAAUUAUGGAAUAUAUGUCGUUAGGAUCGUUGUAUAAAGUGUUACAUGAAGAUCGCUUGUCAUUGACAUGGUCUGAACGAAUGUCCAUUGCUUUACAAUCAGUCAAAGGAAUCAAUUAUUUACAUCAAUGUCAGCCACCAAUUCUGCAUCGUGAUGUCAAAUCAUUGAACUUUCUGUUAGAAAAAGCUCACGAUGGAUUUACUACUAAAGUAUGCGAUUUUGGCUUGUCUUUAACACGAAAUGAAACAUCGCGACAGACAAAAUCUAGUCAUACUUCAUUCGUCUAUACAUUGCAAUGGACUGCUCCUGAGAUCCUUCGUUUAGAACCAUACACAGACAAGAGUGAUAUUUACAGUUUAGGUGUUGUUUACUGGGAAUUGGUCACAAAUCAAAUACCAUACAGUGGUUACAGUGAUAGCGUUGUUCGUGAAUUUGUACUGGCUGGUGAUCGUUUGAAAAUACCACAGGACAUCCCAUCAAGUUUUCGUACAAUUAUCGAAAAGUGUUGGGCUCAUGGGCCGAAUAAUCGGCCAUCUGGUUCCUCUCUCAUUCCAUCGAUCAUAGCGUGUAUAGAUAAUGCUCAAACGUAUGAUGAUCACUCCAAUUCUGUAUCAUCGUAUAUAAAACUGAUAAAGAAGAAUAAUGUAGAGAGUGAAGCUCUGUCAGAAACACGACCAGCUUACCAACGUCCAUCAUCAACAUCAACGCAGAAAUACAAUCGUCCUUCUACUGACAAUACUAUUCCGCCAUCUUCAAUGGCCAAAGGAGAUCUAUUUAAAAAAAUAAUGACGAUGAUGAGUGCACCAACUCGAUCGGAAGAUGGACGCCUAAUGGACGAAGAUGGAUACUACAAUGAAGACGGUUCUCGAAGUUGGGUGUGA